GAUUCAGCAUGGUGGAUGAAAAUAAAAAAAUCCAGAAAAACAAGUAAAAAGUCGAACAAAAGCAUCAUAAACAACCAUUUUAAAUGCUUUUUAUUGGUCUUAUGGGCUUCAGUUACAUAUGCUUCCUCUGAAGAAUAUCAGCUCGAGAGAAUAUUUGGUGGUGAUCUCAGGUUACCUUUAAAAGGACUCUGAACCAUCUUUAAAAGGCUGUUCAACUUCAAGUCUGGGGGACUAGCAUGGCUUAUUCAGUUGAGAAUAUAGAGAAGGCUGUCAGGCAGUUCUACUAUGAAGCUAGUGCACAGCAAGAGGCCCAUGCAUGGCUCACCACAGCUCAGUUAUCGCCAGACGCAUGGUCAUUCAGCUGGCAUCUUCUCAUGCCCGACAAGGGACCUGAGGUUCAGUUCUUUGGAGCAAGCUGCCUUCAUGUCAAGAUAUCCAGAUAUUUGCACGAACUACCCGCUGAGAAACUGGAAGAGCUGCGGAAACAGCUGUUUGAAAGACUCCUCUCAUUUGCUAAUGGACCUAAAAUGGUGCUAACAAGAUUGUGUGUAGCAAUGUCAGCCUUGUCAAUCCAGACAACCCCUGAGAUGUGGACAGAUGCCGUGGUGUCAAUAAUCACCACCUUCCAGCAAGCACAGCUUCCAAACGUUGAGUCUAGCCGGCUUUGUACCAUACUUUUGGAGUUACUGACUGUUUUACCAGAGGAGUUCUUCACUGCCAAUCUCUCGAAAGUGAGGAGGGGUUCCGUCAGAUAUGAACUAAACAAGGGACUAGCACAUGUCAUUCCCCUGCUUCAGAGCGUGAUGGUGCCAUCAUCGCCACCUGAGGUUUACGACCAAGCCAUGAAGUGCUUCUCCAGUUGGGUCCAAUUCGGUAUCCCUCUGAAUGAGAGCGUGACACUGGUUCAGCAGGUCUUUGAUGCACUCAACAACACAGAUAUCUUUGACACUGCCAUCGAGUGCCUUGUGAAUGUGUUCCAGCAACCUGAAGCCUACAGGUAUCCAAUAUCUUUGAAGGUUUUAUUUGUCAACAUCCUGAGUCUUCAAGGCAUGUUACAGAAAGCCAUAGGAGAACAUGAUGUGGAUUCAUGUCACAGUAUAUGUCGACUGGUCGUCACUGCUGCAGAGAACCACACCAAACUGAUCUUAGAGUGUGCUCUGGGAACCGAGGAGGAAAAAUUACAUGCCAUGAAUUUGAUCAACUUAGUCAUGCAAUGUUCAGCAAUGCCAGGCCACUUCCCCACCGAUGAAACGUGCAGUGAACUAGCGUUUGGAUUCUGGUACAUACUACAGGAUGACAUCAUGUCAUCAGACCAUGAGCUCUUCCAACAGUACAUCAGAGUGUUCGCACCCGUCUACAUGUCUCUUGUCCAGGUGUUCCUCGGGAAGGUGGCGUACCCACCUGAGGCCGAGUAUGUACAGUGGAGCAAAGAAGAAAAAGAGCAGUUCCGGUGCUACAGGCAAGACAUAGGCGACGGAACAAUGUACGCGUACAACAUCCUGCGUCAGCCACUACUUGCUUACAUGUGUUCAAUGCUGUGUAGCUUAGCAGAGAAAAGCUCGUUGGAGGAAAUCAGCUGGCAGAACGUGGAGGCGGCAUUUUAUCUCUUGUCUUCCAUCGCUGAUAACGUGGAGUUUGAGGAGAACGUAUCACUUCCGAUAAUCUUUAGUAUCCUACCCAGAAUUCCUUUCAAUAAUCUCACGCUCAUCUCAACUGCUUUAGUCAUGAUUGGUGCUUAUGCCGAGUGGAUGAACUUCCACGCUCCUCUCCUUGGUGGCGUUCUCCCCCUUCUUCUCCAGGGCCUCAACAACUCUGAGAUGGCAAUGUCCGCUACGAUGGCCCUGAAGGAUAUCACACGAGAGUGUCAGGAUCACAUCGCUGGGUACGCUAAUCAGAUUCUGACGGCAAGUCAGGAGGCCUUAGCAUCGAAUGUUAUGAAGUCACGAGAAUGUAUUCGUCUGAUGUCGUCUGUAGGCCAUGUCCUGUCGAUAUGUCCCCUGGCUGACAUCAUACAGUACCUGAACAGUCUCCUGACACCCCAUUUACAACAACUGCAACAAUUAGUCGAACAGCCGAUUGUUGGAGAACCUUCACCUGAUCUGAGUCUAACCUUCAAGAAUAUGGGUCUCUCAUCGACUGUGUCAUCAGGCCCUGUUUAUGUUAUGCCAUCAGCUUCUGUUAGGAAUUGCAUUUUAUUGAAAGUGAACAUGUUGUCAACAUUGUUUGGUUCGUUGAAUACAAACAGAGAAGAGUCUGAUGAAGAGGGACGGGAAAAGCCGAAAGAGACUCCAGAGGAACCACAACCUGUGAUGUUGAUCCUCCAGCAGGUGAUGCCUGUCAUCAAAGCCAUCUCGGCCAAAUGGAUCGCGGAUGCAGCAAUAGUAGAAGCGGUCUGUGAUAUGUACAAACGAGCUCUGAGAUCGUUGAUGGACGACUUCUCUCCGCUCGCCGAAGACGUCUCUCAGAUGGUGGCGGAGAUGUACACUGCGGUGCCUCAUUCCCAUCUGUUGGAUUUAGCAAAACAGUUAUUGGUGUUGUUCAUGCCUAACGACUCCUACAAACCGAUUGGUCAGAGGAUGUUUCUCUCACUCGUUGCCAGGACGAUAUGUCUUGCUGAGAAUGGUGCUAAAGAUAACCCUGAUGUGAUAGAGACGUUCACAUCCACCAUGGCUCAGCUUUUAAAAAAGUGCCAUUGUUUAUUCAUGGACGAAACCUGUAAUUUAUUAGGAAUAUUCCAGAUCGGAGUGGUUGGCAUGGUGCUACAAGAAAACCCGACGGUCAAGUCAUCAUGUUUCUUCAUGGCUGAGUUGAUCAACAGCGGAGAGAAGAUACCACCCAUAUGUGAUAUCAUCCGAGCACAUGGUCAGGCUUUAGUCGAACGAUUACUCAGGGCAAUUGGUGGGGAAUCUCCUCGAGCUGUGGUUGACCACAUGUGUGACGUUCUUCAAGCUUUGAACAAGAAAUACAGUGAAUAUUCGCGGCAGUGGCUGGCAGAUCUUAUGGCCAAUGAAGGUUUCCCUACAGCUAAAGUGUCAGCAAAGGAUAAGGAGACAUUUGUCAAAUUCCUACUCAGGGAAAGAAACAACAAAAGGAAGACGAGAGAAUUAGUGAAGGAGUUUUCUUUGAACUGUCGUGGUCUGAUAGGAACGGAAUAUGGGGCUCAGGACGUCACCCUAUGACAUGGCGAAUAUUAACGAGAAACUUUGUCCAUGCUCUGUUGUUUUGGUUGCUGGCAAUAAAAAAUGUGAUUUGAUGGAGUGGAAAAUUUUGAAAUUCCCCUCAUCAGUUGGAUGAUGGGAUGAGGAUAUGGGCCAUGAUGUUGUAUCAUCAUGGGAACAAUGUUGGAUAUCAUGUCUGUUUCAUUGUUGCUGUCAUAAAGACAAGGCAUCAUGGUUGGUGGGCGGAAAACCCCAAAAAUUGACCAUCGUCUUCUGCAACUUGGCUCAACCACGGUGCAGUGAGCUUCAACCACGGUGCAGUGAGCUUCAACCACGGUGCAGUGAGCUUCAACCACGGUGCAGUGAGCGGAGGAAAGGAAUAACCUCAGUCACAAUGUAGCAUUUAAUUCAGAGAACAAAAUAUUAGUUAUUAUUUAUAAGCAAAUGUAUUCAAUUGAUUUGCAUGUCUUCAAGAGGUUUUAUUUGAUGUAUUUUUAUGUGCUUGAAUAAAAUGUAUAUAUUGUU